GCUCUUCUGAUUUGAACUUCGUUCCCAGGGCUGGCAAAUUUCUACCAUGACAAGGAAAAGAGGAGAAAUAGUAGAACGAGGACGCAAUUCCCCGCUUUUUAUGAUUGCGACCAUAGCAGGAAUAUUCGUAAUGAUGACUUCGCAAUGCGAUUCUUUUCCUUUGGCGUCGGCUUUCAUCAAAAGCAAAGGAAGCUUCCAACAACUAGAUCCAGUUUAUUUUCCAUGCGCACAUAAAUCGAAAGAGACUUUGCUAAAAAGCGGCGAAAACAGCGAUAAUGGCGAUGAAUCGGAAGACAGCCCCAAAAAAUCGCUGAUUGAGUUGUUGUCCCCGAUCGAUUCCUGUCGACCGGAUCAAAUGAGUGGGACGAAUCUUGCAUACAUCGGUGAUGUUGUUUUCGAGCUUUUUGUUAGAUCGAGACAUGUAUGGCCGACGAAAAGAACCUCUGACCUACAGAAUACGGUUGUCAGUCUCGUCCGAGGUACGUCUUUUGAUAUUUUUUGGGCGAUUCAUUCUAUGCGUGAAGUUUCUGUGUCGAUGCAUCCUUUUUGAUUGCUCACUAUUCAUAUUGCAGCCGAGCACCAAUCGUACCUAUUGCGCCAGAUCAAAGAGUCUUUUCCGCUGACGGAAAGAGAAAACCAGGUGCUGAUGAGGGGUAGAAAUUCUGUAACGAAAUCGAAAAAUCGAAGAAACCCGGCUGCUUAUCAGGAUUCCACGGCAUUGGAGGCAUUGGUAGGAUAUAUGUAUAUUGUAGACACAACUCGAUGCCAAGAAUUCUUGUUGUGGCUGGAAAAUGUUAUCGACAAGCAGGAGAGUGAUAUUUAGAAGUCUUGAUAGACUGAGAUUGUGUACAAAAUCGUUCCAAACUCGGAUAGAAGUGGUUAGACUCCUAUCACCUACUCCAAUGGGACAUGGGCAAAGAAAUUACAACUUUAAACUACGAGAGAACAGUGAAAGAGCCGACGGUAACGAUGUCCUUUCUUCUGCUAGAACGAUGAUACAAGCAAUACUGUUCAAUAUCGCUUCCCAACCCGGUUGCCAUGUUCGACCGAAACUUAGCAUAUUUGCUGCUAAAAAAUGGCACCAGAUUUUCUCACCAAGCUCCAAAACACAUCACUCUCUCUAUUACAGAGAAAAUUGUCAAACAUCAUCCCGAUUUGACGCUGCUAUUGUUAGGAGGGCUACCAACCACCAACGAUUCACUGCUGGCGAAUACUUCUUGUUCUUGUUGCGUACAAGUACCAAUGUCAGUACUCCUAGUCCUAAUAGUAGGAAUCCUCGUCGUCGUACCUCAGAAUUCAAAUUGA